AUGAAGCUCCUCGUCGUCUCGCUGGUCGCGGCGGCAAGCGCCUCGUCGAAUCACACGGCCGUGUACGGCGUCCACCCGCCGGGCCUCGGAGCCGGCGUCUUCAGCGGUCUCAGCAACAUGCAGCAAUGCCUCUUCGCGCUCGUUUUGGACGCCAAGCGCCAUCCCGGCGGCGGCGCGGCGAUCUCGCUGCCGUCGCUGCGGUGGCGGGGCUCGUGGUCGAAGGCAGCUAGCGGGUCGAGAUAUGUACCGCACGAGCAAGUGUGGAGUCUAGACGGGUGGUCCUCACAGCUGCCGCCGCUCGUCGACGCUCUUCCGACCAUUGUCGACGGCAACAAAUUCCGCACCGAGCCGCUGUUCCGCAAAUACAACCAAUACAUCUCGCUGCUGCGCAAGCGGCCGAGAUACGCCCGCGACGCCGCCGACGAAGCGCUGGACGCCUCCUUCGUGCCGACGGCGCCGAUUCUCGCCCGCGCGGACCGCCUCGCGACCGAGCUGGGCCUCACGAACAACAACUACGGCUGCCUCCACGCGCGCAUGGAGAAGGAUUUGUAAUUCCGGCGUCGAUGGCGUCGAGCGCAUACGACGCGUCACGGACUCAUCUCGCAGGUAUCGAAACUUCAUGGGGCAUAAGAUGCGGUCCCUCGGCCUCCUCAACUUCGCGCGCCUGGCGCGGGGGCUGCGGCAGCGCACGGAACUCUCCGGCGUCGACAGGGUCUUCGUCGCCAUCGACGCGGCGCACAUAACCAACGACACGCGGAAGGGCCUGGGCCGCGGCGCGUGGCGCGGCGUGCCUUUUGUCUACAAGCGGCCGAUCAGCCCCGAGGCCAAAGGGCCGUCGAGCCCCGUCGAGAACACGCUGUUGGCCGACGCGAUCGUCGACCGGACAUUGUGCGUCCGAGCGAAGUGGUUCGUGGGCUGGCCGGGCUCGACGUUCAGCAAUCAAAUAACGCUCUCGCGCCACUACGCGCUCGGGACGAACGCGUCGAACAACUACUACUACAACGCUCGCGGCGUGUUCCCGCGCCUCGACGACGGACGGUUGAUCCGGGACGCGUACGACCGGCGCGAGCGGCCCGGUAAGAAACGACGGGGGCCGGAAUCGCCCGCGGACUGGCGCCGCGGGCCUCGGCGGAGACCUAACCUUGAGUCUGCAUGAGUAAUUGGAGUAGAUACUAUGAAUGAAAAACCCGUUUUGAGAGUACUCAGUGCACGCUCUCCGAGCAAUUCGAGCAAUUACUCGCCUCCAGACCAUUGGCGGCUAAGGUGCUUGGUCAGACACUGUUCUCAGGCCAGAAGAGUGUGACCUUGGACCGCUGCGACGAGGAAAUGCGCCACACGAGGCUACUGGCAGUCCUGCUCCCCCAACUCUGCAGCAUAGCAGCAGGCCUCGUCGCGACGACAAGUCGACGAAGAGGUCACGUAGCAUGCCGAGCCAGCGCCGACGACGAAUUCGUGCGGAACGCCUGGGCGACGUGCAAAGCGAACCUGCCCGCGAUCGUCACGGGCGCGUGGGACGAGUCCGCGGGCGACGACGAGCCGGGCGGCGCGCUGGCGAACCUCGCGCUCGUCCGGCUCCCGCUCCUCGCGCUCCUGGCGUACUACACGCAGUACCUCGCGCUCGACGGGUCGCCGCUGAUCGUCGACUUCGGCUUCGACGACGUGCCCCAGGUCGUCCCGCCGGGCGUCGUCUGGACGAUCUUCGGGCUGCUGCUCCUGCCGAUCUUGUAAUGUGUCUUCUUAUGUAUAC